GUUUUGCUCCUCAAGCUUCCCUUUAUUCUCAUGCUCUGCUUCUUUGGUAAAUCUGAGUUGCCCAUGUCCGAGGAGGGACAGAUUUCUCAGCGGCGCUGAGCCCGGCCCGCGGGCUGACUUUCACCUGCAGCGCUGUGGGACGGCUGAAGGAGAGCAGGGCACCAUGCCCACCCUGCCCAACCUCAACAGCCUGGGGAAGCUGUGCAGCUCCAGCCGCAGCCAAAGCGUCCACCGGGUCAACCGGGUUCGGGUGAAACGCAAGAGCUCGGUCAAGCGGAUGUCCAUCAUCGAGGAUGGAAACGUGGCUGAAGUCCUCUACCUUAUUCCGAAACAGUACAUGGAGCAGUUUCCGUUCCUCAACCCAGACGACUAUUACCUGAGUGAGAGGCUGAACGACGUCCCUACGGUGGCUCAUACCCAGGACACGCACCACCACUCCUCAGAGAAGCCCCUGAUCCAGUGCUACAAGUGCGGGGAGCUAUGUAAGGGCGAGGUCCUGCGGGUGCAGAACAAGCACUUCCACCUGAAGUGUUUCACCUGUAAAGCGUGCGGCUGCGACCUCGCCCAGGGGGGCUUCUUCAUGAAGAAUGGGGAAUACCUGUGCAUGGUCGACUACCAACGCAUGCACGGCACCCGCUGCAACGGGUGCGGAGACUUCGUGGAGGGAGAAGUCGUCACCGCCCUGGGAAAGACCUACCAUCCCGCCUGCUUCGUCUGCACAAUCUGCAAACGACCGUUCCCGGCCGGAGACAGGGUGACCUUCAACGGGAAGGACUGCCUGUGUCAAUACUGCAUCGAGCCCAUGUCUCCGGGACCCAAGGACAUCCUGGGCUCCAGCAAUUGCUCAGGAUGUGGCCGGGACAUCAAGAACGGACAGGCUCUCCUGGCGCUGGACAGACAGUGGCACCUGGGCUGCUUUAAGUGUAAGGCUUGUGGAAAAGUGCUGACCGGGGAGUACAUCAGCAAGGAUGGCGCCCCCUACUGUGAGAAGGACUACCAGAUCCAUUUUGGAGUUCAGUGUGAGGCGUGCCAACAGUUCAUCACCGGGAAGGUGUUGGAGGCAGGAGAUAAGCACUACCACCCCAGCUGUGCGAGAUGCAGCAGGUGCAAUCAGAUGUUCACAGAGGGAGAAGAGAUGUAUCUGCAAGGCUCGACGGUGUGGCACCCCGGCUGCAAGAACACCACCAGAACAGAGGAGAGACACAGGGAGCGGCUGUUGCCUCCGUCCCUCUUAUUCCUCCAACACACAGAAAGGCAGCCUACGCGAUCGUCGUCUGAGAGCAUUUGUUCCAGACCUGGUUCAAGCAUACCUGGCUCACCAGGUCACACCAUCUAUGCAAAAGUAGACAAUGAGAUCCUUGACUACAGAGACCUAGCUGCCAUUCCAAAAGUCAAAGCUAUUUAUGACAUUGAGCGCCCUGAUCUUAUUACGUAUGAACCUAUGUACACAACCUCCCUGGAUGAGAAAGAGGAGAGACGAGAGUGCGUGGGAGAGCUCCACUCCAUCAGAAGGGAUCGUUCCCCGAUGCCCGACGAUAAGUCCUCAAGAAACAUGUCACCAACCCCAUCAGCCGAGAGCUUUUACGACCGGAGGGACCGCAUUCUCCAAAGAUCCACCAGUCAGGGCUCCAUAGGGUCCCCGGUUUAUAACCGGCACGGUUACACCCCCACCCUAUCACGGUCACCGCAGCAUUUCCACAGACCUGAAGCUCUGACAGGCAUGCAGAAGCUCUGCUCCUCCCUUUGCAGUAACAGUGUGGGCUCCAGAAAUAGUGACUCUCGCCCCACCUCCCCUUUCAGACACCACUUCCUCCCCCAUAGCCAAGACUUCAGUGAACCUGCUCAUGUUCUGUUCUCGGUUCUUCUCACUGGAGGCCCUGACCCACCGAGUGGCCGGAGUUCCCCCCUGCCGCUCAGGCCCGACAGCCGGCCGGUCACCCCGCCUCUCUCUCAGACCCCUAAACAUUUCCACGUCCCAGAUCAGGGGAGCAACAUCUACAGAAAACCGCCCAUCUACAAACUUCACGAUACAGCUGCCGUAGCCCAUCAGACCAAGUCCGGUGAGGACAUCAUCCGAUCGGCCACCUUCCCCGCUGCCCACGCUCCCUCUCUGGACGACUGCUCCCGGAGCGAGGGCGACUGUUGGCCCCGUUCUCUCGCUCUCUUAGGUUCAGAAGGGAGGAGGAGAUCUAGAGAAGAGGAGGAAGAGGAGGCCUUGAAAAGAAAGCAACUUCAGGAAGAACAUCUUAGUAAGAUUCAGUCUGGUCUGGGAAAACUCAUCCUAAAGGAGGAGAUGGAGAAAGAGCAGAUCAGGGAGCGGCACGCACGCAGCUUCUCUGCUCAGCGCUACGAUCCCAAAAGUAACAACUGUGACGCAGAUCCGACGUCGCCGACCAAGACCAACUCUCUGCCUGGCUAUGGGCGGAACGGUCUGCAUCGGCCACAGUCUACAGAUUUCACCCAGUACAACAGCUACGGCGACAUGUGUGGCGGAGCAAGAGAGUUUCAGCACAUUAAGGAUGGCCGUGCAGCACUUGCAAGGAUGGACAGGGGAGUAUCUAUGCCUAAUAUGUUGGAACCAAAAGUGUAUCCCUAUGAAAUGCUCAUGAUAACCAGUAGAGGGAGAGCUAAACUGCCAAGGGAUGUGGACAGAACCAGACUGGAGCGCCACUUAGCACCCGAAACGUUCUUUGAGAUCUUUGGAAUGGAGAUCAAGGAGUUUGACAGGCUCCCCCUGUGGAAACGCAACGACAUGAAAAAGAAGGCCAAGCUCUUUUAGCUGUUUUUUUUUUCUUUUUCUUCUUCUUCUUCUUCUAAUUUAUAGCAUGCAUUAUUCUGUACAUACAAUCAGAUAGCACACAGUUGUAAUCUAGAUGUAGGUUCUGGGUUAUUUUGUUUUCUUUUUGUUUAUGUCACCUGGACACACCCGGGGAUGCCACAUAAUAAUCUGAUGAUGAGACGGUGGACUUUAAACAGGGAGAGGAAAC